AGGCCGGGCUCGGGCGCAGAGGGACGGACGGACGCACGGGCGGGCGGCCGGGAGCCAUGGAGCGCGGCCCCGGGGCCGAGGGGCGCGGGCCGCGGCGGGUUUUCCUUUGCACGACGUGGAGACGCGAGGCUGCGAGGCUCCCAAGAGCUCGGCUUGGACCGCGAUGGGGCUGGGCUGCCGCCUCCUAACGGGGCUCUCGUCUGGGGCGCUGGCCGGGGGUGGCCCUCCCCCCCGCCCACGUCUCGGAGCACCCCCACCCCUCCCCUGCCGGGUGCGGCCCGCCCCGGGGCCUCGCGCCCGCCAUGAACGGCCUGUCCGUGACCGAGCUCUGCUGCCUCUUCUGCUGCCCGCCUUGCCCUGGCCGCAUUGCCGCCAAGCUCGCCUUCCUGCCGCCCGAGCCCACCUACUCGCUGGUGCCCGAGCCCGAGCCGGGGCCCGGCGGGGCGGGGGCGGCCCCGUCGGGGACCCUGCGGGCGUCCGCUGGCACCCCGGGGCGCUGGAAGCUCCACCUGAUGGAGCGCGCUGACUUCCAGUACAGCCAGCGCGAGCUGGACACCAUCGAGGUCUUCCUGACCAAGAGCAGCCGGGGCAACCGCAUCUCCUGCAUGUACGUGCGCUGCGUGCCCGGCGCCAGGUACACGGUCCUCUUCUCGCACGGCAACGCGGUGGACCUGGGCCAGAUGAGCAGCUUCUACAUCGGCCUGGGCACGCGCAUCAACUGCAACGUCUUUUCCUACGACUACUCGGGCUACGGCGCCAGCUCGGGCCGGCCCUCCGAGAAGAACCUCUACGCCGACAUCGACGCCGCCUGGCAGGCCCUGCGCACCAGGUAUGGCAUCAGCCCGGACAGCAUCGUCCUGUACGGGCAGAGCAUCGGCACGGUGCCCACCGUGGACCUGGCCUCGCGCUACGAGUGCGCCGCGGUGGUGCUGCACUCCCCGCUCACCUCGGGCAUGCGCGUCGCCUUCCCUGACACCAAGAAGACUUACUGCUUCGACGCGUUCCCCAACAUCGAGAAGGUGUCCAAGAUCACGUCGCCGGUGCUUAUCAUCCACGGCACGGAGGACGAGGUGAUCGACUUCUCGCACGGGCUGGCGCUCUACGAGCGCUGCCCCAAGGCCGUGGAGCCGCUGUGGGUGGAGGGCGCCGGGCACAACGACAUCGAGCUGUACAGCCAGUACCUGGAGCGCCUUCGCCGCUUCAUCUCCCAGGAGCUGCCCAGCCAGCGCGCCUAGCCGAGCGGCCGCGCCGCGCCGGACCUCAGCAAUAAGGCGGCGCCCGGACCUCGCCCCGCCCCGGCCCCGGGGGCUGCAUGUGAACCCCCGGGCGCCCCAGGACCCCCAGGCAGCCGGCGCGCAGGGGCUGGGACCUGCCCCGACCCCGG